CGAAGGGCUGGAUAUAGUUCGAAAAAAGCUUUGUACAUUUUUUUCUGAAAUCAAAGUGGUGGAAUAGUCAGCCACAUGGUCGUUCCGUUUUGCCCGACGUAUGAAGCCAUUUCUCUGAUUUUCCUGUUCUUUGAAACUUUCAAAAGGCUCGUACACGACAACGGAGUACACUGUACUAAUGAUAGAGCUGAACAAGCGUUUAUUUGCCACCGCCAAUCGUAUUUUGAACGGCAACUCCAGGUGGCUCGUAAUAACCUGGAGUACAUUCUGCGGGAGAUCGCAUAUAUUCAUUGUCUGUUUCUUUGUUGUCCGUGGCCAAGCUAAGGGCGUUUUAACUCAAUAUGUGUAUUCUUUCACCAACGAGAAAUGCUUGUUUCUGGCUGGUGAAGCUUUUGGCAGUGCUGUCAGCUCUGUAGUUCCUGUUGGAAAGAGAAACGGAAUUCUUUGGGAGGUGAAAAAAUAGAAAUUAUAUGAAAGCAAAGUUUGUUAGAAAUUACCCAAGUGGUCCACUGUUGUCCAAUUCUUUCUCCUCCUACUUCU